UGCGACGCCUCCUCGCUAGAAACCGCACCCUGGCGGACACUUGGACAGUCUCGGCGCCUUCUGGCCGGGCCUCCAAGUAUUGGCGGGCGACUUGACUAGAGCUGUUUCUUCUUUCCAACGUUAUUAUUAUGUUUUUAUGGAGAAUAAUCAGUUUCUUCCAGAACUUUUCCAGGCCCACGGCGCUGUUGUUGAUCCUCAUUAUUAUUUGAGGCCAGAGUUUGUCGAGAGCGCUUAUUAUCUCUACAAGGCCACCAGAAACUUUUUUUAUAUUGAAGUGGGAAAGCAAAUUUUAGAAAGUAUUGAAAAUUGUGGGACGCCAUGUGGCUUUGCAGCGUUGAGUAAUGUAAAAACUGUUGCGAAGCUUGACAGAAUGGACUCCUUUUUUCUUGCGGAGACGCUUAAGUAUUUAUAUUUAUUGUUUGCUGAAUACGAAAACUCGCUUUCGUUCGAUAUCGAUGCGUAUAUUUUUAGCACGGAAGCUCAUUUAUUUCUACCAAUCGAGAAUCACAACUUUAAGAGGCCUUCAGAAGCAAAUAGAAAACUUGUAAAUCCUUUGUGCGCUGCUGCUCCGAAGCAUCAAUUUUCUCAGCAUAAAUUAAGUAGACAAGCAAAUCUUUUCGGAAAUUGUCAUACAGCAAUUGUUUUAAUCUUUUUUAUCAUAACCUUUUAUUAUUAA